AUGUGUGUCCGUAGCAAGGCACCACGUAAUGCGCCUUAUGGGGUACUUCGUCCCAUGCCAAUACUCGAUGGACCAUGGACGGAUGUCUCAAUGGAUUUUGUUACCGACCUUCCGGAGAGUGAUGGUUACAAUGCGAUCUUAGUUGUUGUUGAUAGAUUAACCAAAAUGCGACAUCUAAUACCAACAACUAAAGAGGUGGACUCGAAGGAAGUAGCAAGGCUAUAUCUCGAUAAUGUUUGGAAGCUACAUGGACUACCUGAUAUGGUUGUGUCCGAUAGAGGAACACAAUUUGUUGCGGAAUUUUGGAAAUCGCUUUGCAAACGCCUGGAAAUAUCUCCACGAUUCUCCACCGCAUUUCACCCCCAAACCGAUGGACAAACUGAAAGGAUCAAUGCCAUAAUGGAACAAUACCUCCGAAGCUAUGUCUCCUAUCAGCAAGAUGAUUGA